CUUAGCUUACAUAAAAAUUGACACAAACACACUAGUACACAUUUCACUCUUCGAUCAUCAAAUUUUGUAGACAUUUUUGUAGUUCUUUUUAGAUUUAUAGAUCUUUAGGCAAGUCGCUACUUCAAGAACGAUUUCGUGAUCGAAGAAGCGACAUUUUUUAUAAACCAUCGUAUAGGGCUGCAGAAAUGAGAAUCCUCAUUAUACCAUUUUGCUUUGUUACAAUUCUAUCUUAUGCAGCCGCAUAUGAUCCCUUGGAUCCGAAUGGAAAUAUAACAAUUAAAUUCGAUAUCAUGUCAUGGACUCCGGACGGUUAUGUGGCAAUGGUAGCAAUAAACAAUUUCCAAAUGUACCGGCACGUAGGCGACCCGGGUUGGCAAUUGGGCUGGACAUGGGCCAAAAAGGAAGUGAUAUGGUCCAUGGUUGGGGGCCAAACCACAGAACAAGGUGAUUGUUCCAAGUUCAAAGGCAACAUACCACACUGCUGCAAAAAGACCCCAACUGUUGUAGACCUUUUACCAGGGACACCUUACAACCAACAGGUAGCCAAUUGCUGCAAGGGUGGUGUCCUUAAUUCAUGGGGUCAAGAUAAAGAGGGCUCUGUUUCUCAAUUCCAAGUCAGUGUUGGCCAGGCCGGUACAACUAAUAAGACUGUCAAGCUGCCCAAGAACUUCACUUUAUUGGGCCCCGGCCCGGGAUAUACUUGUGGGCCUGCUAAGGUUGUCCCUCCUACUAAUUUCCUCACCUCGGAUCUUCGUCGUAAAACUCAGGCCCUCAUGACAUGGAACGUAACCUGCACCUACUCACAAUUUCUGGCAAGGAAGUACCCAUCUUGCUGUGUCUCCUUGUCAUCCUUCUACAAUGAAACUAUCACCCCUUGCCCUACCUGUUCAUGCGGAUGUGACCAUAAAAAAAGUUGCGUCAAGAGUAACUCGAAAAUUCUGAGCAUGGUGGGAUUGAAUACGCGAAAGAAAGAUAACUCUCCAUUACUUCAGUGCACCCAUCACAUGUGCCCAGUUCGGGUGCACUGGCAUGUGAAAGUGAACUACAAGGACUACUGGCGCGUCAAGGUUAGCAUCACAAACUUCAACUACCGAAUGAACUACAGCCAAUGGACUCUUGUUGCUCAACACCCUAACCUCAACAAUGUCACUCAAGUAUUCAGCUUCAACUACAAGCCUCUUGUUCCCUUCGGAUCAAUAAAUGAUACAGGGAUGUUUUAUGGGACCAAGUUCUACAACGAUCUUCUGAUGGAAGCCGGACCAUUCGGGAAUGUACAGUCUGAAGUCCUGAUGCAGAAGGAUCAGAACACUUUCACCUUCAGGCAAGGUUGGGCUUUCCCUAGGAAGGUUUACUUUAAUGGAGAUGAAUGCAAGCUUCCUCCACCUGAUACAUACCCUUUUCUUCCCAAUUCAGGGCUUAAACCGUCAAUCUCAGUUUUGCCAAUCAUAUGCUCGUUUAUCCUGCUAAUCUUCGGGUUUGGGGUAUUUUCUCAAUUUUGAGCAAUGUAAACUAAAUUACUUUGAAACUUGAGUAGCGUUGGAGAUUCAGGUAAUAGAAAUUUCAUUAUAGUGUUUGAAACAAGUGCAUAAAAAAUGUGCAAUAUGUAGAGCAUUAGGUGCACGAACAAUGAUAAUCUUGGACAUACAUCAGGAUGGGAAAGUACAAGUUAGAAUUAAGUUCCAGAAUGUAGUUGGCAUUUUCGUUACAGUUGUAAGCUUUGCAAUACAAGAAAUAUAUACAGAGGACGAUCAAUACAUAAA